UUCUUUGCUUCUUAUUGCAGGAGUCGUGAGAUCUGAAAGGCACAAAAGUGUUUGUUUCAAAUGACAAGUCACGCGGAUUCAAUCAAGAAAGAGAUGGCUGAGCAAAGCAGCGAUUUGGAUGCUGGGAGGAGUGGCCAGCAGCAGAGCUUGUCGGAUGAGCCUGCGGAAGAUGGACCAUCAGGGCAGAAGAAACGGCGUGUCAACAAUGGGGGUGUUUUAUUGACUUUGCCCAAGGACCUGGCACCUACAUUUGCUCGUCUGGAUGCGAAAUGUUGGAGCAUACUACGCACAUUGUUGCCAGUUGUUGAGACUGCCGAGUGUACUGAUUACGUGCUGGGCUUACUUGAAAAAGCUGCCUUGUUCGAUCAACAAAAGGCUGAGAUUGCCGAGAAGGAGCUCUUGUUAAUUCAACAAAUGCAAGCCGAAGAAGCAGCUGCCGAUUCUUGUGUGCGGGAUCUCUUUGCGUCUCUUGUUGCUGUUGAUCAAAGUAAACUGCGAUCGGCAUUUGGUAAUGGAGGAACAUUGCUAUUCCCGGGUGCCAAGUGCCGGGAAGAAAUGAAUGGUCGAGUGAGGCUGUUCAAUGUUGCUGGUACACCAAAGCUGACCUUUGCAUUUGGAUCAAUGGAGGACCUGCAGAGGUUUUGGUUGAAGGAACUGGAUAUGUGAGAUGUGCCUGACCUAUUGAAUGGUAAUGGUCAGUUUGUUUGAGUCUGAGUUGAAUUGUUUUGAGGAUGGUGAUGAGGGAUCUGAAUCUCUUGAUAAAACUUUUGCGGCAUUCUGGUUUCAAGGGCUGAUCAGUUGUACUUUGUUGAAUCCGUUAAUAAAAGGAAGUUACUUUUUGAUGCUCAGAGCAA